AUGGUAAGCAAUCAGCACCGCCCAUGGGGGUGUACAUGGGCAGCAACAACCGAGGAGUUACGAGUGCGUUGUCGACAUUUUGGGGAUACGGGAAUCGGAGAUUUUAGGAUUGGGGAGGAAUUGAGGGAGGGAGAGGAUUGGGCCUCCGUUUCAAUAUCAUGCUGCUCAACCUUCUACUACUCAAGAAGUGCCUUCCGAAGGUCAGAAAACUGUAACCUCUGCUACGAGAAAGAAUGCAUACCCUUGGAACAGUCGCGGUGUGAUUACUACAAGGAGGUCGACUCCUGGCUGCCCAAGGAUGAUGACGAACCCGGAACUGCUGACAACCAGGAACUGAAGAGAGAGGUUGACGACCUCAUGUUUGAUUUGGUCGACAAAGGAGUGUCCAACGACAUGGAGUGCAUACCUUACGUAUCCCGGUACACCAACUGCAAUAAAGACAACGUGUGCCUGGGCUGCAAGAGCUGCGCGUGCGACAGCAACGGGCGCUGGCAGUGCACCACCGUCGCGUCCUGCCACACUCGACCUGCACCGCUGAACAUCGACCACCGGGUCCUCGUGCUAGUCAUGGGGAACUUAAUUGAGAGUGCACAUUCAAAGAAAGUGAAGAGGUCUGCAGGAAAUAACUCGGAAGAAACCACCACCACCUCAAGCACCAUCACAUUGGAACGAAUCUAUAAGUGGUUCUAUGGCAUGGCGCCAUUGACACACAAAAAGAUCAGCACUUCGGUGCCUCCAUCCAAUGAAGUCACAAUAGCUGGGUUAAAUUAUGAAACCGAUGGAACAUCUACUGUUAAAAUUGAAUCUAGCCCCUUUACAGAAACAUUCUCUACCACGGCAGCAACCGCGUCAAAAACAAGUAACACAGACACAGACUCUCUCGAAUUUGACGAAGUGCUGCGAAGCAUCGCAGUGGACACCAAAAGUUACAACCGACGAAAGCCAUUGGAUUAUAAACUUAAUAAUGAAAGCUUUAGCAUUGAUUAUAUUAUUUUUGACCAAGACAAUAUCACUAGUGAUAAAGCUAAUGGUGACAACUUGGCCUACAUGAUGAACUUGAUGCAAGAGGACGAUGUUGUAACCGAGUCCUCUGACUCUGGAGCCACCAAGAUUGUAAUUGACUUAUUGCCUGCAGCUGAACGACUAGGAGCCAAGUCAAAUACAAGUGAAGAUUAUGUUGCUUUCAACAAAGAUACAGAAACUAAUGUACUUGAAAACAUGAAUGACGUAGUAGAUUACAACGCAAUCAACAUUGUGAAAAGAGAUGUCACAGAGCAAAAUAAAACAACAGCAUCUAGUACAGUGCCAAUGCUGACUAUUUUAGUAAACACCACUAAUAACACCAAGGACAAUUACACAGGAGAAUCACUUGCCAUUAAUUUCAAAGAAAGUGUCCUAGUGCCACUUACUAAAGUUAUAGUUGACAAAAUAAAAGAAGUAGAAAAUUUAAAGAAUAUCAAAGAAAACCUCGCAAAGUUCGUUAAUAGUGAUGUCGCGAUACCAGAAGACAUUAAAAAUAAUACAGGCAACUCAUACUUCUCUAUAUACAACUUAGUCAUGGACCCUGGUUAUGGCGUUGGAUUAAGAAGAUCAAAUUCCGAGGGAAACGAUAAUCAUACGCUGAAACUAAAAAACGAUAUUUUCGAAGUAAUACGAGACAUAAUUACAAUAAAGCGGCGUAAAGGAACUGAUGUACCCGACGACUUGAAUUAUCUCCUUCACUCAUUGAAACGAUAUGUUUACAAAAACCGAUGGGAGGCUAAACCAAAGAAAAUAAAGAUGAAGAAAAUGAAGAACUUUAGACGACAGAUGGACCAGAAUGAUGGCCGUUGUUCUUAUAUCUCAUUCCAGGACUGCUUGAUUAAAAUCUUAGAGGAAAUUGAUAAAGACUCGCCUAAGUCUAAUGCUUUAUCCCCAUUGUCGCCAACUUCGAGAAAAAUUAUGAAACGCAUUAUAAACUCUUUCUAUUUUGAUGAACAUGGCGUGGAGGGGUUGCGAGUGCACGAUCCGAGUUAUAACUUGACCAAUGAUUUAAAUAUGAUUGGUACUAAGUGGCGGGAUAUUUCUGCGAAUCUUAUAAGUAGCACUCCUUUUGCCAACCUGUUUAGAAUGAAAAUACUACAUUUUGUUUUAACUUCAGAUAUAAGUAAAAUGAAUGACGUUUUAGGUUUGAUAGAAUUUUCUCACAGCAGACGAAUGCUGCCUUCGUUAGAUAAAGUAAGCGAUAAUGUAAUUGACAAAAUAAACGUCGGCCUGACUGCUAUUCACAACAAAAUACAAAUAAUAAUGAGAUACUACUCACAAAAACCUAAUUCACCAGACACAACAAACGCUCUGGUAGAAACUGAAGCUGCCACUACAAAAAUCAAAGACAAAACUGAUUCAAAAAAGAAAAAGAGUCGUUCAUUUAUAAAACACAUCCGCAGUCUACUAGAGACUUCAAAGAAAGAUAUCGCAGAACUUCUACACAGAAAAGUUCCUAAAUCAGACAUAGUGAAACAACUUGCAAAGAAAAAGUUAGACGAAAUAACAGAAAAAAGGUACACAGAAUAUGAGGAGGCAAUGAAGAAAUGGCAAAAAAACUUGGAAGUGUCUUCGAGAAAAAAAAGAUUCGUUUUAGAUAAAUUCACAGCACGUAUCAAGAACAUCAUACCAGGAUAUUUAAGACACAAGGUUAAUCCGAAAAUAAAAGAAAACAAGAAAUCUUCCACUGCCAAUUCCACACGCCUUGCCGACGACGGAAGAAGAAAAGCAUGGCUUUAA